GUCAAACCAGUUCCAUUUUAGCGUUCGAGCGGCGCGCACGCGUUUUAAAUUUGGUAUUGACGGCAUUUAAAAAAAAAGUCGAAUUUCGAAUUCUAUUCGUGUUGUAUGCCAGUGUGUUUUGUUUAGAGGUGAUUUUCUGUGUUCGAUUUAUAAAUUCGUAACGGUUUUUUCAGUUUUGAAUAGUAAAACGUAAAUAGGUUGUGUUUCGUCACUGGUGGGGAUAUUAUUUUUAGCAUUUAGCUUGUUAAAGCUGUUGGUGUGAUGUGAGACGGAUCUUAAUUUAGCGGUGCACAUGAGUGUGAACGCAGUGACCGUCAGCAGUAAUUAAAAUAAAAUGAAAAAGAAGAGAAAACCAAUAUCGGAGUGAAACACAUCAAACCAAAAAUAAUUUUAAAAAGCAUUUAUUUAACAUAAAAAACUGCAUGGUGUGAACGGACUUUAACCAGACAGAGACUGGGAGUGAAUUAAAAAAGUAAAAUUCAAAAAAAGAAUAACGUCAAAAACAACUGAGUGAGUUUUUAAUAAACAAACUUCAAACCAUUUUCGAAAUCGGAACACAAAUAAGUAAUCGACGUUUAAAAGGUGAUCGCUUUUGUUUAAACAUUUCUGGGACUGCCGCCUUUUUAUGUUUAUUUACCGUUUAAAAGUAUUUUCGAAAAACAGUGGAAGUGCAAACAUUUGCUUUAUAAACGCACUUGAUAUACCGAAGUUUAAAAACGUUAUUUAAAAAAAAACAAAAGUGCGGGAAAGUGAAUGACAGUUCUUGCGGUUUGCGAAAAAUCCGCCAUUUUUUAUUAAUUUUUCUCCGAGAUUGGUGUGAAAUUGCAUCAAAGUGGCUGGAGACGAGCAUUUGGACAUGUUGGGGGGCCCCGAAUGGGGUCAGCGGGAGUCGAGCCCCCCAAGAGAUGCUCCCCUGCCGAGUUUCGGCUUCACACAGGAGCAAGUCGCGUGCGUUUGCGAGGUGUUACAGCAAGCAGGUAACAUCGAGCGGCUAGGUCGGUUUCUCUGGUCGCUGCCGGCCUGCGAGCGACUCCACGCCCACGAGUCGGUGCUCAAAGCAAAGGCUAUGGUGGCCUUCCAUAGAGGGAACUUUAAGGAGCUGUAUAGACUGCUGGAGUCACACACCUUUAGCCCUCAUAACCAUCCCAAGUUGCAGAGCUUGUGGCUUAAAGCACACUAUAUGGAAGCGGAGAGGUUACGAGGCCGGCCGCUGGGCGCCGUCGGCAAGUACCGCGUGCGACGCAAGUUCCCUCUGCCCAGGACCAUCUGGGAUGGAGAGGAGACUUCCUAUUGUUUUAAAGAAAAAUCCCGGUCUGUACUCCGUGACUGGUACCUCCACAACCCUUACCCCUCGCCGAGAGAGAAGAGGGAGCUAGCAGAGACCACGGGCCUCACUACUGUACAAGUUUCGAAUUGGUUCAAGAACAGACGACAGCGAGACAGGCAAGCAGAACACAAAGACAGCGGAGGUACAGGCGACAAGCAACUAGACUCUUCAACAGACGAUGACAGCGAUGCGCCAGCGCACGGGCCAGCGCCACACGCCCUGCCCGCGCAUGCGCCGCAGCCACUCUACCCACUAUACGAGCAUCCUCUAGCACACCUGCAAUACCAUCAUACGUGACCCUUCGAUUACCAAUAAUGCCAUGAGUUUUAUGAGAUCAAGCUAAAAAGAUCAGCCAAAUCGACUUCAAAGCCCGAGUGAAUAGGUUGCUUAUGGGCAGACGUGCUCCAUCGUAGGCCGCAUCAUCACUUACCAUCAGGCGAGAUAGCGGCCAAACGUCGACCCACUAAAUGUAAAAAAGAGUAGUCUCGAUUAUUAUAACGACAGAAAAUAGUCGUUAAGUCUUGAAUAAUAAUAUUCAAAUUAAUUACAAACUUGUAGGCUAGGUAUAAAAAUGCAAUAAAGCUUAAUCUCUUAACUCAUGUGCUAAAGUUGUAAAUAUCCUGGCAAUAAUGCUUUGUUCAAUAAAUUCAUUUUUUUUGACAAAAACUUCAAGUUAAUAUUUCAAUUUGUAUCAAAUAAAUCGCUCUUUGUAGGUCGAUGUAAAUAAGUACAUAAUUGUGUGUUUUCAAAAAUCUUUAGGCCGAAUCAAACUUGCCCUUUACAACUUUUAAAUAUUAAAAUAUCUAGUUAUAAUAUAGGCUCACAUAAUUAUAUUGUUUUUGAUUCUUAUUAUAUCAACGGAAAAUAUUUUAAAAAGUUAUCAGUAAUAAGUAAUUAAGUACCUAAAUUACUAAGUUUCGACUUUUCAAUAGAAUAAAAUAUCCAACAAUAAAUCACAUUUUCAUUUUCGUAUAUUUCUAACGAUAUUUAAAACAAAUGAGUACGAAUUUGACCAUCCAAUGCAAAAAUAUUAUGACGUCAUCAUAAAGUAUUGAAUUUGACUAGUUAAUCGGUAGUCUCGACAAUCGUGAAAACCGAGGCUGUCAGUGUCGAGAAUACAAACUGUAGAUAUUAUAUUGAUUAAUUACUGCGAAACCUUUUAAAAUAUUUCAUGUGAUAUAAUGAGACUUAUUUAUACUUACUUAGUUAUUUACCGAAAGCAGAUCGCUUCAGUAUUUAUGAACCACAUAAUACAUAAGUUGUAUAGGACCACAAGAAUGUUAAUUAUUUUGUAUUUACUUUGUAUAUUUUAGUUUAUAACCAAUAUUUAAGUAUCAGUUAGUUUUAUUUUUAUCAUUUACACAUUUGGUCAGUUCAGCCGUAUUUUUUUUUUUGUUCAAUUAAUGUGAAUAAAUUUCCACCAAUUAUGUUACACCUUUUGAAAUAACGACUAAUUAAUGCGUUGCGUUAGAUAGUUCUACAUUUCAGUAGUACCUAUGUUUUUAAACUUUUACUAAACUUUAUAAAUCUAUAUUUAAACCAAUUAUUUAUUAAUAAGCCUCAUUUUGUCAUUAACACUACUGACAUAGCUUCCCAAAAGUAAAUCAUAGAUGCAAAGAUAACGAAAGAACAUGACAGAAAAAACAUCAAAACAGGUCUCAAUAACAUAAAUAACAGACCACUUAAAAAUCACUUGUCCAAGCCUAAUUAGAAUAAUUAUCUUCAUCAUUAAUUAUUACAAACUAUCAUAAUACUAUGUGAGCGAUAGAAAAAUUCAUAAUUAUUUAAAAAACAUGCUUGUUAAUGCCAAUAAUUAUCAUCAGAAUAUGGAAUAGAACAUCAUAAGUACUUUAUUAACAUAAAACAUACGAUUGCUCGCGAUUUUAUCUCGUUUUAAUACUUUGUAUAGAUUGUUAUCAAUGAAUCUUUUCGACUAUUCAAAAUUUUGAUUCGUUUUAAAUAAUUAUAGUGACCUCACGAUUUUAUCUAUUGAGACAACUUAAUCGCAAGCUACUGGCAAGAUUUCGCGAAUAAAUAAAGGUUAAUGGAAACAGAUUUUUAAAAUUACAGUCAUAUUACUUGUACAUAACUAAUUAAUUAUGUUUGUGGGAACUAGAAUAGAAUUCAUUCUGUUUUGUGUAAUGAAUAGCAAAUAUAUGCCUAUAAUUUUCUUGACCAUUAAAAUCAGUACCUAAUUUGAAAUAAUAAAUAAGUUAUUUACUUAUAGCAAUAAUAAACGAUUUUUACUAGCUUAUAAUGGUAAUAAUGCAAAUUUGUUUCUGGAUAUUGUAAUUCGAUAUACAUAUAUGUAUUUAGAAAUGCUACUUAUUUAUGUAUGUCUGAAAUGGUAUCUUAACAUAUAGAAUCAAAGUUAUUUAUUACUAUCUUGUCAUCAUCAUAGGUAGCGCACUAAUUACAUUUAACAGUAAUAAUAUAUUUGUCAAAGCAUUUAACGAUAUUUGCCAGUCAUUCAUAGUAAAAUUUGAAAUAAAAUCAUCUAAUAAGGGCCAUCUAGUGACUAGGCUGAAUGGUCUAAGCUAAGAGUACGCCUGUAACGCCAUCUCGUAAGCGCAACACAAAACCUCAUGCUGUAUCCUUAGUAUGAGUUUUCUUUACGUUUACAAGAGCACGUUCUGCGCUCUGAUUGAAUGGUUUAUAUCGAUUCGGCCAAUCAGAGCGCUGAACGCGCGGUUAUUUCGAUUACUUUAAACGUAAAGCAAACUUGUUCUAAGGUUACUAUUCUAAAUAGAGCAUUCAAUCGUAGUUGGUAAAAGGAUAUUAUGCUAAAAAUACGUUUUGGCAUUUAUUUCAUACUUCAUUUAUAAGAAUCAUUUAAGCAUUUAAUUAUUUUACUUAAGUAUUAUAGUUAUGCUGUUUUGACAAUAUGUUCUGUGAAUUAUUUCUUGCUCUAACUUUUGAAUGUUCUGAAACUUAACCUAAAAAUUGUUAUAAAAUCAUUUAAACUUAGGGUACAUAUCACAAUUCAAUAAAUGUUUUGUAAAAUUCUAUUUUAUAUUAGUUCGUAAUUUCUUUUGUAAAAAUAUUUCUAAGUCAAUAAUUUUAUGUUCAAAUUAUUAAAGUUAGUUUAAAAAAUA